AUGUUUAAUUGUCUUCAGAACAAAGUAAAAAAGACUUGGUUCUACCAAAAUCGACCUGCCAUAUUCGACCAGUGCAGCCGCCAUCGGGUGACCAGACUUGCUCUCUAUGCUCGACACCCUGCAGAAUCAAACAUUGUUUCUUCAUUGAGAGGUCAUACCUGGAGUGUAGUACUGAGCACAUUGGUCAAUGAACCUCUGCGUCUUGGACUUGCUGUUUUGAGCUUCUUCGACGAGCUUCGCCAUCUUGGCCACCACACAGUCUUCAGCCAGGGCCGUGGUUUUCACACUGAUGUAGCCACUGAGGUUGAUGGUCCCAGCCCAGACAGUCGAAUCCUUCUGCUUAGGAACCGGGAAGGACUCUCCAGUCAGCGACUUCUCGUCGACCUCGCACUGCCCAUCCACCACGAUUCCAUCUAUCGGGAUGGCCUGGCCGGCCUUGACAGCCACGACCGUGUUCACCUUCACCUCAUUGACGUCAACUUCUUCCCCUGUCUCGGCUAUGGUGGCCUUGUGAGGUGCGAUGCUCAUCAAAGAAGUCAUCACUGCAUUGGCCUGUGAAACGUGUGACGUACCGGCGAUGAGAACAAGGACGGUGACGUCGAGCCUCAAGUUUCUGAUGGAGGCGAUGGCUUUGAGCAGGAUAGGUGGGAUCCCGACGGCGACGGCAGCGACGGCGACCCACUUCAUCGGCGGGAACACAAACUUGAGAAGCGAAAUCAACAGCAAGGCCCCACUCCCCAUUGCGUACGGACUCGGCCAUUUCUUCCUGUAGCUCCCACCGCCGGCGACACUGCUUCCGUCCAAUCUUACGUUCGCUUCCAACCUGGCCGUGUUCAACGCCUUCACUGCAUCGCCAUCAUAACAUAACUCACUAUCUUGGCACGGAAAUUACGUUAUUCACUAAAACAAACAAAGUAAGAAGCUUUUCUUACGUACCAAUCUGGAGCUGGGAAACCAGCAAGGUGUCAUGGACGACGAUGACGGUCCUGGUGGGGACGACAACAGAGACUUCCUUGACUCCGUCGAGAGAUUUGAGGAUGUUCUCGACCAGUGGCACCUCCGACGAGCAGCACAGGCCGAGGACGUCGAAGUAGCUCUUCUGCAUCUUCUGAUCGCCGCCCGCCAUCGCCAUGGAUAAUGAGCUUACUGUACUGGAUCUUAGCUAGGCUAAGCUUCUUCUUCCCCGCCCUCCCACUUUAACUGUACCCUUCCCCUGCUUCAAGGGGGAAAGAAGGCCGUGGAAGAAAUGAAAACCUCGUGGACGAGUCCUUGAAUUAAGCGAGAAAUGGGGGAAAAGGGUAUGGGAGAACGGCCCCUAGUUCACGCUUGGUGGACAAGGAAGAAACGUCUUCGAAGAACUGAAGAAGAACAGAGUAGCUGGUGGUGGUGUAGCUAGCUGAAUAGAAGGAGGGAUUCAGGUCAGGGGAACAGAGAGAAGGAGAGAUUGAGAUUCUUCCCACGAGGGCUCGCCGAGCAAGGCUACUACUACAAUACAAGCUACGUUGGAAGAAUGGAAAAUGGGAGGUGGAUGGAUGGGUAUUUGUUUAUGCAUAUAUUUAUACACACUGAUACACAUAACAUAAUACAAGUCAAUAAGUAUGAAUUACAUUAGGGUAUUUUUUUGUUUGAUUUGGGUGGGAGAUGAAAGUGAGGGAGGAAAGAUAAGGAGAUGUGGGUUCUUAUUCAUCCCUCUUUUCUCCCUUUUCCCACUUUUAGUAUGAUGGUGUGAUUAGUUUAAUUCAAAUGGAUCAACAAAGUUAUUAUAAAGAGGGCUUUUGGUUAAAGUAAUA